AUGUCGUUUGCUAAAAAGGAAGAUCCCACAACUUUAGUGUUGUUUGAUGUCGACGGUACUUUGACACCGGCCAGAUUGACCGUUUCCGAAGAAAUGAAGCAAACUUUGGAAAAAUUGAGAUCGAAGGUCGUCAUUGGAUUCGUUGGUGGUUCAGACUUGUCAAAGCAAGUUGAGCAAUUGGGACCAAACGUCUUGCAAGAUUUCGACUAUUGUUUCAGUGAAAAUGGGUUGACUGCUUAUAGAUUGGGUAAACAAUUGGCAUCUCAAUCGUUUAUCAAUUGGUUGGGCGAGGAAAAAUACAACAAGUUGGUCAAGUUUAUCUUGAGAUACUUGUCAGAUAUCGACAUUCCUGUUAGAAGAGGUACUUUUAUCGAGUUUAGAAAUGGUAUGAUUAACGUUUCACCCGUUGGUAGAAACGCUUCGACUCAGGAAAGAAACGAUUUCGAAGCCUAUGACAAGAUCCACCAAGUGAGGGCAAAAUUGGUUGACGCAUUGAGAGAAAAUUUCAAAGAUUUCGGAUUGACUUAUUCCAUUGGCGGUCAGAUUUCAUUUGAUGUUUUCCCCACUGGUUGGGAUAAGACAUAUUGUUUACAACAUGUUGAAAAUGAAGGUUUUAAAAACAUUCAUUUCUUUGGUGACAAAGCUUAUAAAGGUGGUAACGACUACGAAAUCUAUGAAGACCCAAGAACCAUUGGCCAUGCAGUUAAGAACCCCGAUGAGACUAUUAAAAUCUUGAAUGAGAUUUUCAAAUUGGAUUAA